AUGACGAUGAAAGGGCUAGAGACUGAGCUAGUGAAGAUCUUGGCCAUUUUCACAACCAUCAACUUGUCGCACAACUCUUUCCAAGGAGAAAUUCCUGGCCUUAUUGGACAUCUUCAUUCUCUCAUAGGACUCAACCUUUCUCGUAACCACCUUACAAGUUCCAUUCCUCUGACUCUGGGAAACUUGACCGAUCUUGGAUGGCUUCAUCUUUCUUCGAGCGAACUUAGUGGGGUAAUUCCUAGAAAAGUAGGAGAUUUGGCAUCCCUUGGAUACUUGGACCUCUCCAAAAAUAAACUUUCCGGUAGAAUUCCUCAAGACAAGCCAUGGAGCACAUUUUCAAGCGAAUCAUUCAGCGGGAAUCCAGACUUAUGUGGAACUUCAUUGCUAAAAGCAUGCCCAGGUGAUGCUCAACCUCCUCCACCAUAG